AUGUAUUCGGACAUCCCCGUGAUGGAUCUGGCACGCAACCGAGUGGUUGAUUAUCCGUCGAAAGAGCGGAUUUCGGCGUUGCUGCUGUUUUAUCGCUCGGAGGAAAUGUUCAAUCGGCUGAAGGCGACGCUGAAGAAUUCGGUUUUUGUUUAUCCGCAGCUGGGUGAUGCGUACCGGCUCGUCGGAUCGCUGAACGAAGAAGGUUUGGGUCGUGUGCGUACUAAAACCGUCAAGAGAACUGCUGCUACUAUUGUGGAGAAGUACUACCAGAAGCUUGCUCUGGACUUCGAGAACAACAAGAGAUCUGUCAGUGAAUGUGCUGAUCUUCCCUCCAAGAAGAUGCGCAACAAGAUCGCUGGAUACGUGACUCACCUGAUGAAGAGAAUUCAGCGUGGACCUGUGCGCGGAAUCUCUCUGAAGCUUCAGGAGGAGGAGAGAGAGCGUCGUCUUGACUACAUCCCCGCCGUGUCUGCUCUUGAGAAGGAUCAGAUUGAUAUUGAUCAGGAGACUGCUGAUAUGUUGGCGGCUAUGGACGUCAAGAUCUCUGGUGUCAGGGUUUCCAGCAACCGCAAGUUCCGCGGACACAGAAGAAACCAGCACUAAAACGGAUUUGGAUGUAUGAUUCCUGUGA